AUGUCCGAUGUUAUCCAAGGCCAAUUGGUGACCGCCAAAGUCUGCGACAAUACAAAAUACGAGGCGUUGUCUUAUGUAUGGGGCAGCAUGACCGAGCGGGAGACAAUAUCAGUCAAGGAUAUGAUAGUCAGUGUCACACCAUCACUUGCAAAAGCCCUGCGCCAUCUGCGCUUAGCAGAUGCGCCUAGAGUUAUAUGGAUUGACUCGAUUUGCAUCAAUCAAGCCGACAUUUUGGAAAAGAAUAGUCAAGUUCAGCUGAUGCCUUUGAUCUACGAAAAAGCGAGCAAUGUCGUGAUCUGGCUGGGUGAGGCAACCCAUGAUAGUGUGGUCGGGAUCCAAAUACUCAAAUACUUUGCAUCAAGUCAAGAGCCAUCUGAAAGCCCGCCGUGGAUGACUGAACCUCCGCAACUGGUGUACAGAGGACUCGAGAAUAUAAUGAACAGGGACUGGUUCCGGCGAAUCUGGGUUGUGCAGGAAGCAGCCCUUUCUCGAAUCGCGACCAUCGUUUGUGGUCCAUACUCUUUCUCCUGGACUUCACAUGAUUGCAUCCUUGUUCGCCGAUUUGCAAGAAUGAUUAAAUAUGCGGAACUAUCUCCUGAUUGGGAGGAAGCUGGCCUUGAGAAAAUUGAUUUCCGACCUCUGCUGGAGCUUCUGGAUCUGCAAAUCGGGCAACAACUUGAUAAAUCUUGGGGAAGCACAAAUCGUCGUGCCCCUGAUAUUCUUGACAUCGCGUAUGAUAUGCGACAUCGCUCGUCAACCGAUCCAAGGGAUAAAAUAUUUGGACUGGCUGGGAUAACAAGCUUUAUGAUAGGUGGCGAAGAUCUAAGGCCUGACUAUUCAAUGUCAGUUAGACAAGCUUAUGAGCAUCUAGGCAGUAUUAUCCAAUUCUAG